AUGCUUGAUCUACUGAAAAAGGUGCAUAAUGCUGUCCAUUCAAUACACAAUGCGCUUGAGAAAUAUAUUCGUGAGGACAUAGCGGCUGAGCAAGAGCAGCUUGUGUUUUGCGUUGUUGGGAGACUGUCCGUACGCAGCAGCAGCGUCGCGGCCUGGAUACGAGCGAUCGCGCACGAGCAGGAUCACGUAUCUAUGUCACAUGAUGCUCAUAUCCCCCUUUUCCUCCGUACGGAGAAAAAGACAAGAGCAAUAGAACCAGAAACAUGUUGCCCUCACCUUACCUACCUCGUACGCUGUGCACACCCAGCUAGCUGUCAGAGCCCAUUCAACAGUAGCGUUAAUUACUGUAAUUUAUCAUACUCAAAUGCCCUGGGGAUGGAUACGAUGCCCAGUAGCCGGACAACCUCUAUUUUCUUCAGCAGGGUCUAUACAACUAUGAAGAGCUUGGGGACUUCGUUACGACAAAAACUGAAAGUACUGGAUAGGAAUAUGUCAUUAUUGCUAUGUGCUACAGUGGGUGGAAAGGGCCUUUGGCCUCAGAAUUUCGAGUGGUUUGAGAAGCUUCUUCCACCCGAAGGAAACCGGACAGUCUCACGUUAUGGAGCCAUAUUCGUUGUAGUGAUGAACAUCCUCAAGCCCGCUUGGGCCCGGAGAGGAAGACAAGCGGAACCAGAAGAUUUAAUUACCACAGGCUCUGCUAUUACUAUCGUCGAAAAAGAGGAUUUUCUGAAUGGCAUCUGGGCUCCGCCGGCUCCCUAUGGGGCCCAUCCCCUGGCGGGACCGUAUUCCGUGUGCAGUGCUCCUAGCAGUUGGAUUACAUCGAUGGAAAACUGGCGUAGCUCUGUGGGUCCUUUCCAACAGGGUCUAUCAUACCUCUUGUCCCAGCUAUAUGUCUUCAUAACUCGGGUUGGGGAAGCGAGUCGAUUCUUUUCAUUCGGCGGCUGGACUAACAUUAUUUCAUGGGCUGUUGAUGCCGGCCACUGGAAUAGCCGCCUUACAGUCAUGAUGGCAGCCCCGAGUACUACAAAUAUGCCACGCCCGUUACAAAUCAGGACGGAACCACGGUCCAUGAAAACAAGCGCAGUCUCCGAGUCACACAUCCCUAAGAUGGAAUGGAGCAGGCUUCCGCUUACUCUGACCAUAUCGUUCCAAUACUGGGCUCUAAUACUGGGCUCUGAAUCCGAUUCCUUGGAUAGCAUUGCACUGGCUUACAUCUCAAGCGGUCGUUUCGCCCGCGUGGAUGUCCUGGAUACUGCCGGCUAUUCUGCGCCCGGAAUGAUAAACGUGCUUGCGGCUUCUUCCGCUGUCUUUAUGUUCGCUAUUGGUGUUAGUGUUUGGAGUAUCGAGAAACUUUCAGCGACGUGUAGUGCAGUUCUCAGUACUGCGUGCCACCUAAAGUAUCCCAGGAUGAGGCACCAUGAAAAGGAAGUUCCCUGGGAGGUUGAGCUGUUGGAUGACAAUGGUUUGAUGGAUGGAAGAGGAGGACGUGGAAAUGCGAGUUACCAACGCCCAGAUAAGUUUUGCGACUAA